CGCUCACGUACGCUCCGCUCUUGCUCUCCAUUAUGUGCCACAAUGUCGACGCAGAUUUCUGAAGGACCUCUAGCCGUCCAGCUGCCUUCAGGGACGUCGCUCGAACGUCACAUUGCGCCAGCACCCAUGAAGGACUCUGACGCUACGCACAAGCUCGCGAUCUGCUUGCAUCCUUGGUCAUGGCUCGGUGGGAGAAUGGACGAUCCUGUACUGCACACUUUGAUAAGACCGCUGCACCGACGCGGCUACCACGUUCUGAGGUAUAAUUCUCGUGGUGUAGGAAGGUCAUCAGGGUGGUCGUCUUUUACCGGCAGCCGUGAAGCACAAGAUCUAAACGAGCUGGUGAAAUGGGCAACAGAGGCCUUCAACCCAGUAGAUUCGAUUGUGAUCAUUGGAUACUCAUACGGCGCAUUGAUAGCCUCACUCCAACCCCUUCUCCCUGAGCCCAGAGUAUCUCACGUCCUCCUCUCAUACCCUCUCGGGGCCCGCCACUGGCUCACAGCCUUCCAUGGCAAAAACUACACAGACGCGUUGACCUCCCUCAUCCGCGAUCGGUUGUCCAACGUGCUCAUCAUCUACGGCGACCGAGACGAGUUCACCAGCGCGGAGCAGUAUGAGCAGUGGCUCGAGGCUCUCAAUAGGGACACUCAGGGCGAGCGUGGCUCCUUGCAGACUGCCAAGGUCGAGAAUGCAACGCAUUUCUGGAGGGAACAGAAUGCUGUAGAUCGGCUAGUCGAGGCGAUCGAGUCUUGGUUGCCGACGUGACACGUUCGCUCUUGUGCAUUGUUCGAGGACUGUUGCAUAUGGAUUUGCACAUGUGAGGACGGAUGGACAUCUAUUCAUAAAUAAGUUCACGCUUGGACAGAUGUAUGCGAAAUGGCGUAUUGAUAUGCAGUACGCACUCUGGCUCCUUCGUUGCUCUUGAGCAUUGAUGUAUACAAAUGAAUUCCUGCC